GCAGCAGAGAGAGUGCCUCGCUCUAUCCAGUUCCGGUUUCCCUCCUUCAGGGUUACAGCGGGGGCCGGUAUCCCUUCGCAAAGGGCGAAGGUGGCGACGAUGGUGAGCGAGGUGCGCGCCACUUUCCGGCACAGCGGUGCUACUAUCCUUUUCGACGGGAGGAAGUCGCGCAACGACAAGCCGCUCGUAAACUUCCUGGCCGGGGGCGCCAAUGGCGCCCUGCUGUACGCCACCGUCGCAAGUGAUGGGUUGGUCCGAGACACAGUGGAUGUCGUGUGCCGUAGGUGGCAGGCCAUCAUCUUGUCCUUUCCUGCAAAGGACGUGAUCGGCUUCUGCACAGACUCCGCCUGUAACUAUACGGUGGCAGUGCGCAGGUUCGCUACAGACCCCGAGCCUGACAUCAGGAGGAUCACUUGGCUCCCCUGCUCCACCCAUGUCUGCAACUUGAUGUUGUCAGAUAUCGGGACGCGAGCGGUGUGGGUCAAGGAGACCAUCAUCCGCGCUCGAGCGCUUGUGGGAUUUAUUAAAUUGCACGGUGCUGCUCACGCCCUGUUUGGGAAGGUGAGCCCUCGCGUUCAGCUCGUCGAGCCCAUUGAGACACGGUUUGCAUCGGUUUUCCUGAUGCUGACGUGUCUCAAAGGCCGACGAGACGCGUUUGAGAGCAUGUUGCACGGGGAUGCCUGGGCACGCAUCCCAUGGGAUCGCGCCCACGUAUCUCAGGCGCAGUGGGUGCAGCAGCAGAUUCGGGACGGGGAGUUUUGGCAGCGUGUCCAUUACGCCAUGCUAGUCAUGUCGCCCGUCCACCAGCUUUUGCGCAGGAUGGAUAGAGGUGGGAUGAUGAUGUCCGUCGUUUACGAGUGGAGUCAGCAUCUGCUGCAAUUGAUGAGGAGGGUCAACAUGCCGACGGACAUGAUUGAGCCGUGCGUGCGUGAGGUUGCCAUCUGCAACCUCCACAUGCUAGAGCCCACACAUGCCGCGACCCACCUCCUCAACCCUUGCCGACGCUCCCUCACGUAUUACCAUUCGCUGCAGACAACCGCCGAAGACCGCCUUGUGGUCGAGGAGUGCAACGGAUUUCUCCUGGCUCAGACCGGCGGCGAUCCGGUCGGCUUAUUGUACAGGACCGUGAGGGACCCGAUGAGGGCGUUCCACUCGAGGCGAGCGGAUUGGGGAGAUCGUGAGCUCUCCGAUGCCGAGGCGGCAGAUUGCAGGGGGGACAGAGAGACCGAGCGAUGUGCAGCGUGGUGGUUCAAGCAUGGACGUGCUCACCCGGAGUUGCGCACCAUCGCCAUCCGUGUCAUGCACUUGUGGACGUCUGCCUCUCCAGCGGAGAGGAACUGGGCGGAGCACGAGCGCGUCAGCACGGCGAGGGGCUCCAAGCUUGGGUUUGCCAAGCUUGCACAGCUGGUUGAGAUUGCCACCAAUCUCAAACUGGCCUCGUGCGCACGACAGGGUGGUGGCUACAUGUUGCCAUGGGUUAUGGGGAGUGGUCGGGGAGGGACGGCAGCAGAGGAGGAGGAUGAGGAGGGAGAUGUGGAGCCCGAGCGGCAGAUUGUCGCUUUCCGUGACAGCCGACCGUCCAGAGCCCGUUCGGUUCGGGACGUGUUUGGCAGCAGAGCGCUGGAUUUGCGACCGUGGCCGGAGGGUGGGGAUGAUGUGGACGCUGCUGCGGAAGACGACGACAUCGAUGACGACUGGACUGACGAUGAUGAUACGCCGCUGAGUCGCGACCCGGCGGCUGAGCGAGUGUACUUCACUUACGGUGGGGGUCGUGACGACACAGAUUCAUUCACAUCAGUUAUCACGGGUGGUGUGCCGUCGACCGCGCUGGCGAGUGGCAACAGCAGAGCCAGCGGUGGUCAUGGAGGACGUUCGCAUGCGGAGGUUCGCAUGGACGACUCGGGGGAGCAGCAGCCACGGGGAGGUCUUCGGCAGGCAGGCAGGCGCAGAGACCGGACACAUGACGGCGAGGAUCGUGGGGGGGAGAGGACUCCUUCCGACGCCGGUAUCCGCCCCUGCUCGCCGUCGAUGCUCCGCACACAGGACUUCAAGGACAUAGGGCUUGGCGGGAGCUUGGGAGGUUUUAGUGUCGAGGGACGUAGACGUGCCUCACCGCAGGAUGUGCGCACAGACGCGGACAUUGAGCGGGGCCCUGUUGAGACUGAGGAGGAGAGGGAUGCCCGUUUGGACCGAGAGGAGGAGAAGCGGCUAACGAGUUUGCCGCAGUGGGAGGGUCGGUUCGCGUAUCUCGACGAGCAGCGUCGGCAGAGGGACUUGGAGACAGGAGGGGAGGGGAGCCGUGACGUUGACGACUCGGGUGUCCAUGAGGAGGCGGUUCAGGGGAGUUCUUUUAUGAGGGGCAGGAUGCCGCCGCGGCUGUCCCUGAGGGGCAGGAUGUUGUCAUGGGCGGUGGGUCCCAUAGUGGGGGCCGUGGCGACAGCGAGACCUCGGGGGACGAGGGACAGGGUGCCGCAGUGUGCGGCAGAGGAGAGGGUGGACCCAGUGGAGAUGGGAAUACCGCGGUUGUCGGUGGAGACGAUGGACCGGACGGCGACGAUGACGACGACCACGGUCCGGAGGACGAUCCCCGCAAGAACGGCAAGCAGCGGGCCCCUGGGAGGGUAUAUAGUGCAGAGCCCUCACUGGUCGGGUUCGUCGCUCAGCGACGUUAGAGGGAGGGAGUCCGGUGCGGGUGAGGUGGGGUCCGGCAGACGCAGCGACGGCGGCAGAGAUAGUGCAAGAUCGAUGCCUCCACCGCCCGCACGGACUCCGGAGUGCAGGGUCGACACCGGGGACCAGACGGUGGCACCCGGAGUUGCGCACAGUGGCGGUUCCCCGCCGCCAGUCCGAGGAGGUGUGGGCGGCGGAUGGUCAACUGUUCGUCGGGUCGGGGACCGGUUGCGGGCGGAUUACGACGCCGGGAGAGGCAUCUUCACGGGACGUGCGCCUGUUCAGACGCAGGCUGCGGAGGGCGGGUCCGGAAGUCCGAGCCUGCAAAUGGCAGGCCGCAUGCUUGGUUUGUCACGAGCGGAGACGAGGAGGACAUUGGUCCUCGAGGCCCCAGGGACAUCCACGGACAGGCUGCGGGGAGAGCAGUUCACAUCGGGCGAGGAGGGGUUGUUGAUGCGUCCCGGGAUGAGACGACAGCAUGGCCUCUCAGAGGUUGAGUCUCGACUCGCUGCAGGGGUCGCCGCUGGGCAGGCAGCAUUGGACGCGAUUCAGAGGGAGAGAGAGAGGGGGAUUGCUGCACAGGCGGAGGACGAUGAGGACGGAGACACUGAGUCCGAGCCGAUCGAGACUGCGGCCCACAGACACAGGGCACAGGUGGCCGCGGUCGCCUCUGCAGCACAGGCGCCAUACGUCAGUGGGGCACAGGGCAUAGGUGUCGGAGGGAGAGGAGGGCGCCGGGGAGGAUCGCAUGGCCGCCACUCUUCCGGGAGAGGCCACGCGCGCUCGGGUGGGAGAUGACGACGUCCGUGGUGUAUUUAUUUUUUUUUUAUUAGUUUUUUUUUUUUUUCACGUGGCUGUACAACCUGGACGCUCUGUCGGCAGGGUUGUAGCAUAUUUAUGUCGAUGUUGUUCCAUGGAGACGACGAUAGUAUGUGGACAUUAGGUUUUUUUUUUUUUGCUACUCGGUUGUACAGUAGAGACGACGCCCGUCGACGGGUCCAAUUUUUUUUUGGUACUCUGUUGUGUAGCAAAGACGAUGGAUCCAAUUUUUUUUUGCUGCUCGGUUGUAAAGUAGAGACUACGGGUCCAUUUUUUGGCUUCAGCCUUGUACAUACGCAUUUCCAUUGAAAUGCUUUGACAUAUAUUUGCUCUUGUUCUUGUUCCUCCGCCAACAUUGGUCUUGCAUCUGAGUCGUUGUUGUUUGGUGAUUGUUUUCUGCUCUGUUGUCGUGAAUGUUGCUAAUUAUGUGCUUCUCCGAUGCCACGCACCUGCAUGUCAUGGAUGCCUCCAUUAUGAAUGUGCCGUUAAUUUCAGAUGCGACAUAGGGAUGGUGUGUUAAUGAAUGUGUUCUUACAUAAAUGAUGUGCUAAUGAAUGUCCAUCAGUCUC